AUGCCCCAAUGGAAAUGGUUUGUGGAUUAUGCAACGGUUGGUAAUCGUAUUUGGUUGGCAUGGGAUGAUAACUUCAUUGAUGUUGAUGUGCUGUCAUUGGGACCUCAACUAAUCCAUGCACGAGCCAUGCUCCGAUCUCUGCAUGAGCUUGUUAUGAUUACUAUUAUUUAUGGGGCUAACGAGGUGGCAGAUAGGAGGGACCUUUGGGUUUCCUUGGAGGCACUUGCUCUUAAUUGUGUUGAUAUCCCAUGGAUGGUGGGUAGGGAUUUCAAUGCAGGGGAAUGGUUUACUUGGAAUAACUGUAGUGCGAGCCCUCGCAACCUUUGGAAACGGCUGGAUAGGAUUCUCAUUAAUGACUCUUGGGUGAUGAGAUUUCCGUCUUUGUCAUACUCAUGCCUCACUCCUCGCACUUCUGACCACUCGCCCAUGGUGAUAGCUGGGGACGCUCAGAGGCAGUUUGGAGCUGAAACCUUGAAACCAAUUUUCCGUGCUAUGAGAAGGGAGAAAGGGGAUCUUUCGCAUAAUGUCCAAUUGGCAAAAGGAUUUCUUGACAUGGCGCAACAAUUGGUAAGCUUGAAUAGACAUGAGGAACUAUACCUGUUUUUGGAGCAUUGUUGUCGAUUAGUAUAUGCCAAAGCAGCCAAAAUGGAGCAGAAUAUGCUACAACAGAGGGCAAAAAUGCAAUGGAUGAAGGAAGAGGACCAGUGCACGUGUGUAUUUUUUCGUAAGAUUGCACAUCGUCGGGCUGUGAAGAGAGUGAUACAGAUUAAUGAUGCUCAUGGAACCACGCACACUGACCUGAACGUGGUGAGUGAGGAGUUUGUCUCCUACUUUCAGGCUUUACUUGGAGGAAAUCGACGAAGGGAGGUGCUGAAUUUAAGAUUUUUGCGUCCUUGGGCGCAGCACAUUGUGGAAGAGGAUGAAACCGUUCAACUUAUUAAACCUUUCACUGCUGAGGAUGUGAAACGUGCAAUGUUUAAUAUAGCGGAAGAUAAAGCUCCUGGGCCAGAUGGGUAUUCAUCCGGAUUUUUUAAAGCGACAUGGCCAAUAGUGGGAGAUGAAGUUAUUGUGAAAUUUUUGGUGCAACGAUUGAGUGUGGUCUUGGGCAAGCUGGUUAGUCCUUGUCAGGUGGCAUUCAUACCUGGCAGGAGUAUUGGGGACAAUAUCAUGAUAGCCCAAGAAUUGUUUACUGGAUAUAAGCAGAAGCGCUUACCUCCACGAUGUGCCCAAGAAUUGUUUACUGGAUAUAAGCAGAAGUGCUUACCUCCACGAUGUGCAUUAAAGGUGGACAUACGAAAAGCUUAUGAUACAGUGGAGUGA